AUUAAAUAGGUUUCAAAUGGCUGUUGUUUAUGACCCUGACUCUGUAUAUGUGAGAGCGUUGAAGCUCUUUCUUUCUGAAGACAAAGAUGCUUAUGACAAGCUGAGAAAUUUGACGUAUAAUUUGCUUGAGAAUGAAGGCUAUGAAGGUAGAGUUUCUGCCACCGCUAAAGAGGAUAAAGUUGUGAAAACGGAGCGCAGCUCCGACGACGGAAGGCAGCCAAAAAAAUCUGGUAAACAAGAGGUACAGACGACUUCAAAAUUUUCAAUAAAAGACGAGAGCUCAAAUUCUAUGAUUGGCGGCUGCGAGGUUGAAGAAGAACUUCCGAUACCGUCUUCUGAGUCGUUAGAUUCGUCAAUUGAAGUGAUCGAUGAUAGCGAUAUUUCUAAACCUGCUAAAACAAUCAAGAAAGAAAAAAACAUUGAGGUUUCUAAUUCAGAUGAGAAACCUGAGAAAAAGCACUCUUCGAUAGAAAAGGAAGAACGCAAACGAAAGCGUCUCGAAGGUCAAGACAGCUCGAGUGGUAAUCCUAAAAAGCGUAGCAAAGAAGACAAAGAUAGAGAUUCAGUGAAAUCAUCAAAAAGUAAAUCGAAGAACAUUGAUAUUGAUGACAAGCAAAGCAAAGAAGAGGGCGAAUCAUCGAACAAAAAACCAAAGAGUUCUAGAUCAGGACAGAAUGAAGUGAAAGUUGAAUGUGCUUCAGAUUUAGAUGCUACGAUUUGCAACUUAUGCAGUGGAGGAGUGUCGAGUUCCGGAAACAAGAUUGUAACUUGUAGAAAUUGCAGCAAAGCAUUCCAUCAAAAUUGUCACAAACCGCCUGUCGCCGACUCUGCUUUUGCAUCUAAUGAUUCAUCAACCCCUGAUUGGAAUUGCAGAUUAUGUACACUGCAGAAGAUAGAGAAUAAUGGCGGCAAAUCAGCUGAAUCGACAACGAAAGUGUCUAAGAAUAAAGACUCCAGCAAUUCAAGCGGCAAGAUCAAGAUCAAAGACCCGCUGAAAUCGGUUAUGAAGACGGAAAAGGCUGAAAAACAACUAACUGCUCCAGGCGUGCUAUCGCUAGCUUCCAAAUCAUCAGCUAUAUCAAAAUUAGCUCCAGCGGCAUCUUUGGGCUCUAGUAGUGGCGGAUCACCAGCUAGCUCCCCGUCUGCGAGUGGGGGAGGAGGAAUUUUUUCGAAUCUGGCAGCGGCGUGGGGAAAUUUGACUCCAGCGAGGGCUACUGGCUCGGAAACUACAGCGGGGUCUGGAAAAAGUGGUGGGGCUAAGGGGUCUCCAAUAAGCAAGGAUAAUGCAUUGAUGAGGUCCACUUCUUCGCCUGUAAGGUCAGCGCCGAUCACAGCAGAGGGUGGGGGAGUUAAGAACAGUUUGAAGUUUGCAGACGACAUAUUCGGAAAACCAGGAUCAUCUUUACUGCCUCAAAAAACUUCACCAUCUUCAGCUUCUCAAGGAGCGUCAUCCAAACCUGUCACAUCAAAGAAACAAACUGACAGCACUUCGUCUGUAUCAACUGCAGUCACUAAGAAAACAGAAGCCAAGCAAACCUCAAGCAGCAGCAGUAACGCCACUAGUGGCUCGAAGAGUUUCAACCCGUCUCAUUCUUCAAAUGAAGCUGCAAUGAAACGGAUCAAAAUGAUGGAGAAAAAAGCGACGGCGAAACGGAGUAAUAGUUUUCUGUGAACAGAAAACAUAACUGGUAAUGAAUGAAAAUGACUCAGCAAUUUAAAAAAACAGUAGUUUCAGUAAACUGUAUUUAUUUAUUUAUUUGCAAAUAAUGGACAGUAAAACAAAUUAAAUAUUUUCUGAAAUCA